GUCGUUUUUAAAGGGCGUGUUCCAACUCUCUGUUCGCACAGACGGAAGUGCCCUGAAGGUAUUUUAGAGAAGCAAAUUUCUUGCUUUUACAGUAACCACAAUGACUGGUAGAGGGAGACCGCGUAAGGCACAGAGUCCAGAGAAUAAAUGUAGUAAGAGCAAAACGAAAGAAAAAGGAAUUCAACCAGUAACUGUGCCACGACAUCAGGCAGAAGAGAAGUGUAAAACUAAACCAAAGAAAGAUGAAGAACUAAAGGACAGCAAGCAGAAAGAGAUGACGCGUUCAAAGGAGAAGAACCCGCCAAAAAAAACAACAGCCAAAAGUCUCACCGACAUCAACAAGUUACAACAGACUCCUGAUGGCAGCAAAAAAGCUUCUGCAUGCUGGAGAGCAGCGGAGGAGAUGCAGUCAAAGACGCUUCUGGGCACCGCAAAGGAUCCUGUACAGACGCCUAAAGCCAAGACAAGUGGUGACGUCACAAAAUCACCAGAAUGCGCUCAGCGAAAGGAGACCAAGAAGGACUCCAUCAAGAGCACAAGAACCUGCAAUGAAAAAAUCAAACCCACAGAGGACACAACCCAUUUACAGCCAGAGACCCAAGAAAGACGCGACAGCGGCGCUGCAGUGGACCUUGUCCUUAACAAAACGCUGGAAAAACUGAAGAUUAAGACUAAAGACAGAUCAAAUGCAGCAGAAGCCAUCAAUGCAAUCAAAAAGAAAAUCAUCACACACUUAAAAAAGAAUAGUCAGUUCUUCAAAGAUGUAGAAGAACCACUAGGUACCGGAAGUUACUAUGAACACCUGAAGGUGAGUCUGUUUAGUCCUGGACAGAAGAACAUAAUAGAAUUGCUGACUCGUGUAUCACAUUGUAUCGUUUGUUUUGGAAAGCAGAUUUCGAAUCCUGAUGAGUUCGAUGUGAUGGUGCCUAUUUGUGUGGACCGAGCGAUGGUUAAACCAUUUCCAAAGAAUGAUGCCUUUUACAGUGUCUCAUUAAAACGUGGCAGCCCUCUGCUGAAGUUCCAGGAAGACGACAUUUUAUCUGCCGAUAAGAUGCUUGUGGAAUUCAGGGAAGAGGUGAAAAAAUGCAUCAAGCCACUGGAAGAAUGGACUUUGACUAAAAAGAAGAAAGGCUGCCCUGCAGUGACCCUCACCACCAACGUACAUGCAGUAACCAUUUCACUGGACUUUGUCCUCUGUCUUAUGGUUCAAUCAAGUUGGCCAGAUUUCACUAAAGAAGGACUUAAAAUCGAGGCCUGGUUGGGGAGUAAAGUAAAGCAAGACUACAAGCGAAAGCCAUAUUAUCUCGUCCCAAAAUACGAAGGCAAGGGAACAGAUGCGUGGAAUGGAGUACUUACCAAAGAUGCUUGGCGGGUUUCAUUCUCUCAUAUAGAGAAGGCCAUUUUAAACAAUCAUGGAAAACAGAAGACAUGCUGUGAAAAAGAUGGCGAACGCUGCUGCAGGAAGAACUGUCUGAAGCUCCUAAAGCACCUCCUCAGUCUGCUCAAGGAAACAGACUCAACGUUAGACAAGUUCUGCUCCUACCACGUCAAGACCACCCUGCUACAUGCCUGCUGUUCUAGAACUGAAGACAGCGACUGGAGUGUCGCCAGUCUGAGCCACUGUUUCAAUCUGCUCUUGGAGAACUUUAUAACCUACCUGGAGGAGGGUCACCUCCCCAACUUCUUCAUUCCAAGUCAGAACCUGUUCUCUGGCAUUGACCAGAAAAAGCGCAAUACUCUUGCUAGUCGUAUUAGGGAGGAGCGUGACAAUUGCUUUUCUAUUUUCAAGUAACAUUUAAUUAUGAGCCUCCCAUCAAAUAAUACUUUAACAUUAAAAGAAUGAUUUCUCACAAAUGUAUCAUUUGUAUAAUUUGUACUGAAGGCACGUACAUGUGUUGUUGUAUAUUUGCUGUACAAGUCAGGCUGACACUAAUUAUACUAUAAACUCUUUGUAGAACCGUACUCUGGAUUAUACAGAGAGUUUAUAGUCAAUUCAGCCAAAAAUAAAAGAAACUCUCUUCAUUAAAAGACCUUGAAGCAGCUUCUUACCUGAGGCAAUAUUGAUCCAUACAGAACAGAGAACCAAUGAAUCCCACCUGACGAAAAAAAAAAAGGAGAGCACCUUACUAUAUAUUCAGCUGCUACUUUUUGGAUUUUUAUAGACAAUCAUGCUUUACAGUGCAACAGUGGUGGAAAAGAGGCGAUAGAUGUGAUGAUUGUGCAAAACAUACAGAAUUUUGUGGUUCUCUUACAUGAUCAGCAGAAUAAAUCUACACAAAUCUACCUGGUCAGGCUCUUGGUCCUGAAUUACAUCCAGUGGAAAAUGUUUUUUUUGUUAUUUGGCCAUCUGGUCAGAUUCCCAUCAUGGUUAACACGCCAUUAUUACCAUAUAAUAUGGUAGACACUGAGCCAAUAAACCAUGGAUGUAAUUUCUCUGUAAUAAAGAUUUAUUAAACCAA